GGAACUGCUGAUGAUGUUGUUGAUUGGUCCCAUGGUAAGCAGCUUUGGGAUCUCUGUAAAGAGAAGUAUGAGCCAUUAUGGAUUAAAGGAGGGAAUCAUUGUGAUUUGGAGCUUUACCCCCAAUAUAUCAAGCAUCUCAAGAAGUUCAUAUCAGUGAUUGAGAAAACACAUUUCAGAAGUGGAUCUGGGCUUAUUAUGGAUCAGUCUGGAAAUCCCAGGAAGAGCACAGAUUUUAGAGAUACAUUCAUACCAAGUCUAGAUCAGAGAGAGAAAUACGGACCAUGUAUUGACCAAGGAGAAAGACCACGAGUAAGCAUUGACCAUAGAGAGAAAUCAAGAACCAGUAUUGAUCGGAGAGAGAAAUCAAGAAAGAGUGUGGAUCGCCCUGAGAAAACUGUUAAUGGGACAGAACUGCCAGAGAAAGCCAGGAACAGCAUUGACCGGUUAGGAGACAUGAUGAGAUCGGUAAGACUAUGCAAUAUUGAUUGUUUUAAGCCUACAGCAACAAGUGUCUAGAAAGAGGAAAGGUCAGUCCACAAACUGAAGUUGUAAUUUGCUUCACGUUUUAUUUAUUUGGUUGGUCUUUGUGGUUGUCAAAGUGAAAUGAAAAAUGCCUUAUUGGUUCUUAUGUGCAUUUUCAGAGUGAAAAUAGGAAAUUAAUUUGAUCAAGCAUAUUAUGUAUCUCUCUUUGUUGUCUUUCCAAGCUAAUAAAUCCUGCUGACUCGCUUGCCCACUCAUUGUUUAAUUUUAUUUGGCCACGCCCAAAUCCUUAACGUUGAGUUUUUCUGCCAGUAAUAGUUCCAAAAGAAGUGACAAUUUAGCGUAGUAAGAAAAAAUUCCUGCCCAAAUGCCGGCAUAGGAUAGGGAACCAGAAAGCAAUAUUUUGCAGUAGGUCUCUGAUUACUUUGGCUUGUACUCACUCUGUAAUAGACUUGAAGUUAGAAUUUCAGCAAUGAUUAUAGCUGUAUGUAAAUAUCUGAGUGUUGCAGAAGCCUUGUUUGUAUGAUUCAAAUAACUGAAAUCAACAUAUUUCAAAGGACUUUGAGUUCUCUGACAACCA